AUGGCCACCACGACAACGAACCCCAAAGAUAGAACUCUACUGGCGGUAAUAGGUGACGAGGAUUCCGUCACUGGACUGCUGUUAGCUGGUAUAGGACAUGUAGAUCAAAAUCAGAAGAAGAAUUUCUUAAUUGUAGAUGGGAAAACUCAAACAAACGUUAUAGAAUCCGCUUUUCAAGAAUUCACAGAACGUAAAGAUGUUGCUAUCUUACUCAUAAAUCAACAUGUCGCAGAGAAGAUAAGACCUACUGUAGAUAGAUACCAAGCUGCUUUCCCUGCUCUGUUAGAAAUCCCAAGUAAAGAACAUCCUUAUGACCCAGCUAAGGACUCAGUAUUGAAACGAGUCCAAAAGCUUCGAGGUGAUUAA